UGGGGAUUUGGUUUAAGGUGAGUUUUGGGGUUUUUUUGGUAAAUGCUGUUGUCGGAAGAAGUGAUGCAGAAACAGUGCUUACCCAGGCUCGCUCCUGUGAGACACAGGCAGGGCAAAGGCUGCAGGAGGAGGGUCCCUCUGGGAGGGAUGGCUUUGCUGUCUGUGCUUGCCUUCUUCCAGCAGGGCCAGUGCUGUCCUGGGGUGGAAUGGGAAGAGUGUGGCCAGCAGCUGGAGGGAGGUGAGCCUCGCCACCUCCUGUGCCUCGUGAGGCACUUCUGGAGUGCCCUGCCCAGUCCUGGGCUCCUCAGGGCAAGAAAGACACGGAGCUACUGGAGAGGGUCCGGCAGAGGGCUGUGAGGACGGAGGGUCUGGAACACCCCUUAUGAGGAGAGACUGCAUGAGCUGGGUCUGUUUAGCCUGGAGAAGUCUAAGACGGGAUCUCAUCAGUACUUUAAGAUAUCUCUUAGACAGGAGCCAGGAGAAAGGUGCCAGACUCUUUCCAGCGGUGCCCGUGCACUCACCCGCACGGAGCGGCUGCCGCGGCCCUCAGCGCCGGGCCCGCCCCGCUCCCGCCCCGCUCCCGGCGCAUGCGCGGCCGCCGCUGCCGCCAUGGCGGGCUCCCUGGGCGGCAUGUUCGGCUCCCAGGCGCCGGGGCCGCCGCCGCCGGGGCCGCCCGGCCCGCCCGGCCUCAUCCCGCCGCCCGCGGGGCCGCGCAAUCCCAACAACACGCUGGUGGACGAGCUGGAAGCGUCCUUCGAGGCCUGCUUCGCCUCGCUGGUGAGCCAGGACUACGUGAACGGCACGGACCAGGAGGAGAUCCGCACCGGUGUUGAUCAGUGCAUCCAAAAGUUUCUGGAUGUUGCGAGACAAACUGAAUGCUUUUUCCUGCAAAAAAGACUGCAGCUGUCAGUCCAGAAACCAGAACAAGUAAUUAAAGAGGAUGUGUCAGAAUUAAGAAAUGAAUUGCAGAGAAAAGAGGCAUUAAUCCAGAAGCAUUUGAGCAAACUGCGACACUGGCAGCAGGUCCUGGAAGACAUCAGUGUACAGCACAAAAAGCCUGCAGAAAUGCCUCAAGGUCCAUUAGCUUACCUAGAACAAGCAUCUGCAAAUAUUCCUGCUCCAAUGAAGCAAACAUAAUCUUCGCUUUUACACAGCUGAAUAUUUUAAAAGCAAUGGUGUUCUUUGUAUGCUUUUUGUAUAAUGUGAUUUGUACUACAACUAUAGUUCAAACAGUUAAGCCAAAUAAAUUAUCUUUUUUUCUUUCCUUUUAUUACAGAAA